UCGAAACUCUGCAAUGAUAAACAAUUUUAGAUAAAAUGUUUGUACUUAUAUAUAUAACUUAAUCUGAUCGAAGAUACUGUUCCAGAGUAUCAGUUUGAUCAACAGGAGCAAUUGUGACAAUAUCUUGAAAAAAAAAAUUCGCAUAAAUUGUACAAGAUAUACGUACAAGUAAGAGGUCGAUGACCGUAAAAGUUAACCAAAAAAUGUAUAUGUUACAGAAGCCUUCAAAAAAAUAAUCAAAUGGGGAAAGGAAUUAGGAGACAUGUACUUGAUCUGGGUAGGGAUGCGACCUUUUAUCUUUCUCUAUAAAGCAGAAGCGAUACAACCAUUGUUGAGCAGUAGUGUUCAUAUUGACAAAAGUUUGGAAUACCAGUAUUUACAGCCUUGGCUUGGUUCCGGUUUGGUAACUAGUACCGGGGAAAAAUGGCACUUUCAUCGGAAAUUGCUAACACCAACUUUCCACAGUGGCCUUUUGGAAUUGUAUUUAAAGACGACAAUUAGAGAGGCCCAAAUAUUAAUUCAUGCCUCAGAAAGGAUUGGCAAACCAGAAUUCGAUAUUGUUCCUUAUGCUAAACGAGCGGCGUUGGACAUAAUAUGCGGUAAGACGAUAUUUAAUAUCAUAAUCUUUCUUUUAGCAAUAUAUUUAUCGCCUUUGCUAUGAGAAAUAAUCUACUUU